GCACUUCACCUGUCAGAAACACUGAAUAGCACUUAUAAUCAAACACCACGACUCACUGCGAGCGAGGAAAGUUUAAAAGAUUUAUCCUGUAAUGCUAUUGUAAAAGAAGUUUCAUCUUAAAUAUAUACGUUUUUCGUUUACGUAUACCUUCUUUAAUGAGCCACUGUUACUUCUCUUCUCGUGUCGACGUAAACCGACAGAAUCAGGAAGUCCGGGGAUCUCUUUUUUUUUUUCGGCUCAUGACACACAAAACUUGAAUGGACACUGGAUACUCAGCCUUUCAACGCCAAAUAAUGAAUACUAACAUUUGUUAACACAUGCUAUUCAUUCAUUAAUGUCGUUAGUUUCGUCAUAAGUAGCUUAUUAGAUUGUUUUAGUCGUUAUUCGUUACCCGGAACACCUGGAUCUUCACUUUUGCGGGUGAGAGGGAUGGAUGCUCCUCACCUCACUGAAGAUGAAAUGGCAGAGAUUAAAAAAGACGUGCUGACCAGACUGCGGCACUACCUCUGCGACAAGAUCCGAGCCGAACGCCACCUCGACUACCUGCGCUCUCGCAGGAUCCUGACGCGGGAUGACGCGGAGGAAAUCAGCUGCAGGACCACACAGACCAAGAGGACGGCAAUGUUGUUAGACAUCCUUGCUGAGAACCCCCGCGGCCUCGAUGCCCUGAUCGAUUCCAUCCGGGAGAUGCGGGCGCAAAAUUUCAUCAUCACCAAGAUCACAGAUGAGGUGCAAAAGGCCAAAAAUGAGAAGCUCGAAGCUCUCAAAGCAGGGGCUUCCAGCUCCUCAUCUGACAGUAACCUCAGCACUCUGAACACAACCAGCGACCUCUCCAGGACAUUUUCAAACGACUCCACCAUGCUCUUCCACCCAGACGGAGAACGAAGCCCCUCCACUUCAGACGUAGCGGGCUCUCUCAACUUGCCAUCAUUACAGAAAGGUGGAGACUUGUCCUCUGUGGCGAGUGUUAGCAUCGCCGCCGCUUCCUCCACAACCUCCUCAAGCCUCCCCAGACCUGGUGACCCGGGAGCUCCUCCGCUGCCAGACGAAGUAAUGAUCGAACCGCCCUCCAACAUAGAUGCUGCGACGCCGGGGUGCACCAGCAGCGGAGGGGACCCGAACUUCCAACCCCUCCGGUCGCGUUCUCUCACUCCGACCUCACACAGGAGCAUCUUUUAGGUUCACAUCUCCAUAAGACAGUACUCAUGCAGUUUAAAGGGACAAAAUCAUCAUCCACUGGAGCUCAUAUUCAGACACUCUCUCAUUGUUCUUAAUCUCAUGCUCUGUUUGGUGUGUUUGCUGCCUUUUGAUUAGGCAGGUUGUGAUAAAAUGCUAUAUAUGAGAUAUAGUCUACAUGUUUUCACUAUAGCAAUCAGCUUUUUUAGAGAAAAUAUUUAUAAUUUGUCACUGGGGCUGGGUAUUGUUUGAAUUUUUCCCUAUAGUGCCUACAUAAUACCUGAGUUUCAAUGCUGAAACCACUUUUCGAUACCUUUUCAAUACCUAACUUUAGAAUAUAAACCCGUUUUUCUGUAAAAAUCCUUUUUUUUAUUUAACAAAACUAAAAAACAAAACAAACAAACAAAAUUUGUUUUCAACACAAGCUGUGGUACACAAACCUUUGUUUAAAUAAAAUACAGUUUAAAUUGAAAGUUGAUAGUUUUCAAUACUUGUGCUUCACACACAUUUCAGUCGGUAUCAAAGUAUUGAGGUUUGAUACCCAGCCCUAUGACCUGAAAAAAAUCUGACUCAUCGUUUUUAACCUUUUCUACUCAUUCUUUCUCAAAGGUGUGAUUUCCUGAUUAACUGUAUGAUGUGGAAACACGGCAGCUACAGUUUAGGUGCAGUGAGAUUUAUAUACUGGAAUGACUACUUGAGCACACUCUUUAUGUGUUAAUUGAGCCAAUUUGAUCUUUUAAGACGCUGCCUUUGGCCAGAGCGGCAUCGUAUUAAGUCAACAAUACUUUGUUCUCCAUUUUCAUCACUACAGAAGUCUUAAAUCACAAAACAUAUUGUGAAGUGCAAACUAUGUCCUGCUUAAUACUUAAUCUACGAGCCAUGUACAAUCAUCUGUUCAAAAAUAUUUUUCCUCAUUAGUGAUUGUGUGGUUGUUGAGGUUUUCUUAAUGUGAUUUGACAUGCUCUUGAAAAAAAAAGUUAAAUUUCUUAGAUAAUUUAAUCUGCGUAGUGAGGAGAUUUUUUUAAGGUACCAUCAAGGAAUCCCACAACCUUUUGAUAUAUUUGCUUUCUAGUGAUACUGUCUGUAAAAUAUGUACUGUAAAUGUGAGUCUCUGCAAUACAAAAUGAAUUGACUAAAUCUAAUUCAGAAUGAAAUUACUGACAGAUGGCAGACUGUACAUACAGUAUCAGUGCCUCUGCCUCUAUAGAUAUGCUGUAACUGGGAGCUCUAUUUUUGUUUUUGGAAAAACUGGAAAAGCUCAAAAUGACACAGAGGAAUGACAGUCAUUGUGGUGAAGGUUGGCGUAGUGACUGCACCGCCUGGUCUUCAUAGAUAGUUGAGAAGCCGUGAGUGCAGAGUAGUUGUUCUCUCACCGCAGCGCACUGGUGCACAGCAGGUGUUAGCAGGUAAUUCACUUGUUAUUAUUUUAUAUAUAUGUCGCUUUUUUCCCCCAGAUUUGGUACUUUGCCUCUCUGUAACAUACUCAGCAAUGGUGUACUGUAAAAAAUAUCAAAUAAUUUUACAAUAAUAGUAACAUCUGCAAUAUAACUUCUGUUCAUUACUGUU